ACACUAGCGCUGGAAACACCACUCGCGCGUUCGCCGCAUUCAGCGUCAGUUGUUCUCGCUUCCCGCUAUGGCUUCAACCGCGGUUCGUGAGAUCGUGUUUUUAGGGAUUACGUUCCUACUUUUUUCGUUAAGUCGGGCGUCUACAAAAUAUUACACCGUUCAAUAUGUAACAUUAGACGAAUCAAAGGGUGCUCAAAUACACACAGCAGAUGUUACCAAUUUCGAAGAUGUGCCUGCCAAUUGGGUGGCGAAAGCUAUUUUUGACAACCAAAUAAACAAAACAGGGUGGUCGUUUUUGGAACUGCAGAGCAAUGGUCAAGCAACUGACGAAGAUCAAGUAUAUGCUGCCGGUGUUUUGGAGGGAUAUGUCACAAGUGAACUCAUUUAUGAACAUUGGUUCAACACCAUGAAGGGAUUCUGCGAUGGGAGAGAGAAAACUUGUCGUCGUAUUCAAAAGUAUUUGGACAAGAACAAUCAGUGGAUAAAAGCCAAUAUAGAUUCUAAGGAGAAAAAGGAUCCCUACUGGUAUCAGGUCAAGUUAUUUUACAUUCAGUUGAAAGGUAUAAAAGAUGGCUACAACAGAGGAAUCAAGGAUGCAUCAAAACAUUUAAAACUGAAUGAUCUGUUGUGGCACAACAUCCAGGGCGACCUGGAGGACCUGACCACCAUCUUCGGGCCGCGCGUGCGCUCGGGCGGCGGGCGCGUGACGCACGAGGAGCGCUGGAGCCGCGUGCUGGGCUCGGGCUCCUGCUCGGCGCUCGUCAAGGUGCUGCCGGGCGCCACGGACCUGCUCGUCGGACACGACACCUGGUCCAGCUACCAGAACAUGCUGCGCGUGGAGAAGCUGUACAUCCUGCCGCUGCGGCGGCUGGCGGGGUCCCCAGCACGCGUGCCGGGCGUGGCCAUGUCCUUCUCCUCGUACCCGGGCAUCAUCACCUCCGGAGACGACUUCUACAUCAUGUCCUCCGGCCUGGUCACCCUGGAGACCACCAUCGGCGUCAACAACGACUCGCUCUGGAAGUUCGUGCGGCCCUCGCAGGUGCUGGAGACGGUGCGGUCGAUGGUGGCGAACCGGCUGGCGGUGGGCGGGCGCGCGUGGGCGGCGCUCUUCCGCGACUACAACAGCGGCACCUACAACAACCAGUGGAUGGUGGUGGACUACGCGCGGUGGCGCGCGGCGGGGCCGGCGGCGCGCGCGCAGCGCCUGCCCUCGGGGCUGCUGUGGGUGCUGGAGCAGCUGCCCGGGCUGGUCGUGGCCUCCGACCGCACCGACACCCUGCGCGCGCGCUCCUACUGGCCCUCCUACAACGCGCCCUCCUUCCAGGAGGUGUUCGACGCCUCGGGCACGCAGGCGCUCGUCGACAAGUUCGGCGACUGGUUCUCGUACGAGCGCACGCCCCGCGCGCUCAUCUUCAAGCGCGACCAGGGCCGCGUGCGCGACCUGCCGUCCAUGCUGGCCAUGCUGGAGUACAACGACUUCCGGCGCGACCCGCUGUCGCGGUGCGCGUGCCAGCCGCCCUACAGCGCGGAGAACGCCAUCGCGGCCCGCAACGACCUGAACCCGGCCAACGGCACCUACCCGUUCGGCGCGCUGGGCCACCGCUCGCACGGCGCCAUCGACACCAAGAUCACCAGCUCGGUGCUGGCGUCGCGCAUGGUGAUGCUGGCGCGCUCGGGCCCGGUGUUCAACGCGCACCUGCCGCCCUUCCGGUGGAGCACCGUUGACUUCGGCGCCACCACCCCGCACGUCGGCCACCCCGACCUCUGGACCUUCCCGCCCGUCACGUACGUCUGGCGCUGGGUGUAGGCGCCCCCCUCCCCCCCCCCGGAGGCCGGCUUUCCCCCCUUCCACCCCUUCCGAGUCCUUGUUUCCCGGAUGUGCGAUUUUCCUCGGUCGAAGGCUUCGCAGGGACCAAAGGUGAGGCUGAAGAGUGGGAGCGAAUUAAACCGCAUUUCGUCUUCACCUCCUCUUCCUGCUUUUAUUCAUCCUCUUACUUUUCCCUUUCCUGCUUUUCCUCGGUCUUCUUUUCCUGUGCUCUGGGUCUGCUGUUUUCCUCUGUCGAAGAGGAAUGCAACUCUUCGCAUUGACAAAAGAGGAGGCAAUUCGGAGAUUGAAAAGUGAAGGGAAAUUAGGCGCCUUUCGACCCCUUUUUCUGUUAUUCCUCCUCUACCUUAUCCUACCCUUCCCCCUUCCUUCAUCUCCUGUUUUUCCUCCAUCUUCUAUUCCUAUUUUCUCGAUUUGUGGGUUUCCUUUGUCGAAGUUCUGAAAGCCUUUCUUGUGAACAAAAUAUGAUACCAUUUGGAGGCUGAAGAGUGCAAGUGAAUCUACCUCACUUGGGUCUUCUCAUCCGCCUCCUUCUCUUCUUCUUUCUCCUGAUUUUCUUCCUCCUCCCCUUUCUUUGUUUUCUGAAUCUGCGGUUUACCUGUCUGGAAGUCAAGCAAAUCGUCCGCAUGAACCAAAGAUGAGGCCACAAAGGGACUGAAGAGUGCAAGUGAAAUUAACCGAUCUUCUCUUUUCCUCUCCCUCUUUCGUUUAACUUGUGAUUCACCUCCCUCUAAGCAAAGCAACCCUUCCACAUGGACCUAUGUUAAUUGAGUGAGAAGGCAGAAGAGUGUGAGUGAAACAUAUCUCACUUUUCUUUUCUUUGAUUGAUCUGUUUUGCAUCCCUCUAAUCUUAAGCAUCCUUAUGGCUGACAAAUUAUUCUUGCUUUUAACGCACAAAAAAAAUUAAUUGAUGACGAAAUACUAUUCACCGUCCCAUUUUUUCCAUUUCUCAUCCAUUUCAGUUCACUUCACGAGACAAAUCUAUUUUUAUCGCUGAUAAGUACGUGUUAUCGCUAGGAGGCUGAAACCUAAAUCUGAGGGAUUGAAUUUGUCUUCCCUAAAUUUUCUACUUUAACCCAAUUUUUAUUACAAGUAUGCAUUCACUUGUAAGUCGCAGACCUAAAGAAAUACGAUUCUAACAAGUCUAUAUUGCAAAUUGAAACCAUUCCCGGUUCUCCUAAAGAUUUUAACUAUGCGUUUGAUAGACGCAUGUUUGCCUUACUGGACAACUUCCAUUAGCUCUCUCAUGAUUUAACUUGCCAAUAUAUGUAAUCAUGUUGUCAUAAUAAAGAAAUUUUCAUACUAUUUUACAACCACACAGACGACACGUAUGAGCAAAUACCAAAGACCUAGAAAUUUUCAUCGAUAUUUUCUUUAAAUAGUUUAUAGCAUCGGUUAGAGGUUCCUUAAAAAUAUAAUUUUGUUUCACUUUUCGAUUCGAAAUCAAUAAUUUUGUGAUCUAAAAAACAUUUUUUUCUCAUUGAACUAGAAAUAUUUAAGUUCUUGUCAAAUAAAUAUACCUUUUUUAAGUAAUUGAAAUUUCUUUCUCUUAGUUUCCCUCAGCUCAACACUCCCUCAUAACUGAAAAUGACGACCAUCUUACAGUCAAACAUAACAUCCCCUACGACUAGUUCAGAAUUCGUGUUUCAGUUAACUCUGAUAAACGCUGUACUCAAGAGUAUUUUGUUUAAAAAUCCCUUAAACACUACGUUUUGGCAAAAGAUGGCUUUAAUCCAAAUAGUUACUAUUACAAAAGAUUCCUUCAAAUUUUAUGUGUCGUUGACCGCUACCCUGUCCGUGUUUCUGAGCUUUUAUGCAACUUUUUCAUUUUUCCACGUGUGCUUCAUCGUGUCUGAUGAGGAGCACGAGAACGCGUGAGAGCUCUUCCCAUGGGUCCUCGUUUCCUUUCGCUAACGAUUCUGUUUCGCAUCAACAAUACAAGAUAUACGUCGCUCUUAAGCCCAAUUAGCGCGGUCUUCAGAGAGCGAGCGUGUUGGAAAAUGAGCUUCGCGAGGUAACGCGUCCUCUGCGUUCGUCGCUUCAUUCACACGAGCACACACGAGGUGUGUGUUUACGUGUGUCGCAGCAACCGGAAUAAGGCAACAAGUCGUUCAUCAUCACGGAGACUUUUUCAAUUGUAGUUCGUUUUGCGGACGUGCUCGUCCGCUUAACCGGAUGCGUGCGAGGACGCCGCCGCAGGCGAAGCGACGUCGGAAUCGACUGACAAAGGCAGCUUCGGCAGGCGACGCCAGAAGAGCCGCCUUCUGCUGAGUAGGAUUAACAGCGUUCACCUCGCCGAGAGGAGGCAGUUCGUUUCGCCAUACGCACUCGGCGCGCGCAGUUGGCGCAGCGUGCGGAGCAACUAUUCGCGCAGAUGGCGCUGGCGCAGAGCCUGGUCUGCGCUCGCUUUCACUCGGUACGACGCUGUUCUGGCAGAGGAUUCGUAGUUUCUUGAGAAAUGAAGGUGAUGUGUUGACUUGGGAAAUACGUCAAUGUAAAAUGGAAUGGCCACUCAAAUAAUUUUUUAAUCAGAAUAUUCGUAAACAAUUAUUCGUAAUUUCGUUUUCAAUUGUUAUGAAAAUAUCUUUUAAUGCUUUACAUACAAAUUGGGAAGUUUCAAAUGUUCAAUUUGUCAAUAAUUACUAGGAAUAUUCAGAUAAUGUCAAAGAUAUGUUAAACGUAGUUUCCUUUAACGAAAAGUAUUACUUCAGCUCUCUCUGGCCGGUUGGUAUUUCACCCGUGGUAAAUCUCUCACUUUAUUCAUUUGCUCAAUAGUUAUUUAAGUGGCUAUUUCUGUUAAUACACUGACUAUUUUCUUCUGAAUUUUCCCAACACUUCUAUUGUUGACAAGCAUUUUGUACUUGAGAAAAUUAAUAUUUUGAAGUUCUGUAUUAAGGGGAGGCAACUUUCAGUAAUUUUACUUCAUGAUUCAAAAAACUACAUUACUUCCUGCCCGAACAGCGAAGUACAGUGUUAUGUUCUGCGGCACAAGUGACACUGUGCAAGAUUCUGAUAACUUCCGCCGCAUCUACAGACUGGAUACGAAUACCAAAGAUCCCAAAGAGAGCAAUGACAGCGAUUAUUGCAAUUGUAUUUCAGAAUAAUUAUUAUCAUGUACUUGUGAAUAGAAAAGUGCGCAUUUAUCAAGAUGCUCUCUACUGUAAAAUGGUUGCAUAUUGAACAUGUAUGUUUAAAUGUAUAGCUUUUUGAAUAUAAAUUUGUAUUUGUGAAAAUGCCUGUGUUUAUUGUUUUCCUUUCCA